GGGCCCCCAUCUCCCCUCCAUUCCACACCCACGCCCAUCCAAUUCUCCUCUCCUCGACCUCCCGAUCUCUCCCAGACCACCCACCUCCCGGCCGCCGCCGAGGACGCCCGGACCUCCCGGCCGGCAGCAAACCAACCAGCCACCUCGUGCGUGUUUGAAAAAUCAUGGCGCAGCGGGAUCACAAGCAGGAGGAGCCCACGGAGCUGCGGGCGCCGGAGAUCACGCUCUGCGCCAACAGCUGCGGCUUCCCGGGCAACCCGGCCACGCAGAACCUCUGCCAGAACUGCUUCUUGGCCGGCCCGGCGUCCACGUCGCCGUCUUCCUCCUCCUCCUCCUCCUCUUCUCUGCCGGGCGUGUCCGCGCCGACCCCCGUCAUCGACAGGCCGAGGCCGGCGCCGUUGGAGGCGGAGCUGGCACGCCCCGCCGUCGACCUUGCUCCGGCGACGGAGGCGAAGCCGGCGAGGACGUCGGUGAACCGGUGCUCCAGCUGCCGGAAGCGCGUGGGGCUGACGGGGUUCCGGUGCCGGUGCGGCGACAUGUUCUGCGGCGAGCACCGGUACUCGGACCGGCACGGGUGCAGCUACGACUACAAGGCCGCCGCCAGGGACGCCAUCGCCAGGGACAACCCCGUCGUGCGCGCCGCCAAGAUCGUCAGGUUCUGAAGCUGAAACCAAGGGGAAAGAAGAAUUCAGAAUUCCAGCCGAGGCAAAGCAAAGAAUCAUCUCAUCGAGGCAGUGGGCCGCCGUGCGAGCCGCUAGUAUUAUGCUGUUGUUCUCCGGAGUGUUUCCCUUUUUAAUUAAAAAAAUCUUUAUUUAUUGGAAGGAAAAAAAUGGGAGGUAAAGAUGUGGAUGAAAAGGAAAGAAUAGCGUGUGUGAUGUAAUAUCAACGGGUGGUUGAGGCGGAGGAGCAAGCAAUGAAAUGGAUUGGAUGUGUA